CUACAAUAUUCACAAGUGUCUCUCUUACUCAGUUACUCUCUCACUCUCUUUCUCUAAAUUCUUUUAUUGAACAAAGACUCAAUCUCUUCCAUGAUUUUGUCUACAGAUCAAGAGUGAAGCUCUGAACCCAAAAAGAUUAAAUUAGCUGAAAAAGCCAUUGUCUCAUUUAAUUAAUCUCCAUAAUGGGUCAUAGGUUUUCAAUGAUUUUUCACUUCCUGAAGGCUUGUUGAUUGGAUAUCUUCCCUUGUUCCCCUUUCUAAGGAUUCCUCUCUUUUCCCCAGAAAUUUUCAAGAUAUCUCUUUGGGCUUUGAGCUUUGUUCUGGUGUUUGGGGUCACGCACACACAUGACACCCUACACCUGACACGCUCUCCCUCUGCUUUCUCUCUCAGUUGCACAUGUGGGAUUCUAUGCUUUUGCCUCCUCAAGGCAUGUAGAGUAGGGCAUCAAGCUGCUGAGUUUUGAUCUCUGGACCUGAAUUCUUGAGAUGUGGUUAUGAGCAGCAGAAAACACCACAGAGCAUGUCUUGUCUAGUUCUCUCUUUUUGUGUCAGCUUAUCCAAUUCACUCUCCGUACUAAUAAUAAGUUUUCCAAUGUUUUCCUUUUUGGGGUUCUGAUAUGUUACUUUUACCAUAAAGUAAAAUAAUAGGUGCUAAAGCCUAGAGUUCAUUGGAAGAUAUAGAUGCUAAGUUCAUUGCUUUCUUAAAAAAGAUGGAAUCUGGGAGUAGGUUCUACUCAGCUGAUGAGUUCAAGUUGGAUGCAAAAUGGCUGAUUGAUCCCAAGCAUCUAUUUGUGGGGCCUAGAAUUGGAGAGGGAGCUCAUGCCAAAGUGUACGAGGGGAAAUACAAAAACCAGACUGUUGCUAUUAAAGUUGUUCAUAAAGGAGAAACUCCAGAGGAGAUUGCCAAGAGAGAAGCACGGUUUGCAAGAGAAGUUGCAAUGUUGUCUAGAGUUCAGCAUAAAAACUUAGUGAAGUUUACUGGUGCUUGCAAGGAGCCUGUAAUGGUGAUAGUUACUGAGCUUUUAUUGGGAGGGACACUUCGUAAAUACUUGCUGAGCAUGCGGCCUAGGUCGUUGGACAGACGCAUCGCUGUCGGGUUUGCACUUGAUAUUGCUCGUGCUAUGGAAUGCUUGCACUCUCAUGGGAUCAUACACCGCGAUUUGAAACCUGAAAACUUACUCCUGAAUGCAGAGCACAAAACAGUUAAACUAGCAGAUUUUGGUUUAGCAAGAGAAGAGUCAUUAACAGAGAUGAUGACCGCUGAAACUGGGACGUACCGUUGGAUGGCUCCAGAGUUGUACAGUACUGUUACAUUAAGGCAGGGAGAAAAGAAGCAUUAUAACCAUAAAGUGGAUGCCUAUAGCUUUGCAAUUGUGUUGUGGGAGCUCUUACACAACAAAUUGCCUUUUGAGGGAAUGUCAAAUCUCCAGGCAGCAUAUGCAGCCGCUUUUAAAAAUGUAAGGCCUAGUGCAGAGGACCUCCCAGAGGAAUUGGCUACCAUUCUAACUUCAUGCUGGCAGGAGGACCCGAAUGCUCGACCGAAUUUCGGCCAAAUAAUCCAGAUGCUGCUUAACUAUCUUUACACCAUUUCUCCUCCAGAACCCUCAAUUCCUGCUCGAAUUUUCAUGUCGGAGAACACAGUGUUGCCACCUGAGUCUCCUGGUACAAGCUCUUUGAUGGCAGUGCGUGAUGACACAGGGGACACACCCAAGGCAGAGAUGGAGGACAAGCCAAAGGGCUUCUUUUUCUGCUUCAACCAGUGCUAUUAACCCCCUGAAUAGUAAAUAAGGAUCGAAAGCUUUGUCUUCCCGUCCAAAGUGGCUCAAGGGAAGCUUAGUAGAUAAUAGGUUCUAGUCUCACAAAUAUAUUGGAUGACAUGGUAUAUGUUUAAAUGAUCAUUUAACAUCUCAUUGAAGUUUAGUACUGUUGUCAGA